UUUAUACUUUUCAAGGUCAACUUACAGCAGGAAAAAGGUUUUAUUUUUGAGAUGUCAGCUGAGGGUGAAAAACAACCCGAAUUACGUGUAGGGCCAGAUCCAAAUGUUGUAUACCCAAUUAAAGUUCAAUAUUGUGGCAACUGUUCCCUUCCAAUUGAGUACUGUGAAUAUUACCCAGAUUAUCUCAAAUGCAAAGAAUGGCUAGAAAAGAAUUUACCAACCGAGUUUGAAAAAUUUAAGCUAGUUGACGAUGCAAACUCAGAAGCUGGUGGUACUGAAGAUGAAAAGAAGCGACAAAAGCGUGGUGGAAAAGGCAUGCUCAAGACUAAGAAGAAAGAGGAAGUGCAAAAACUAGUCACGGUGUCUAGGGCCCCAAGAGGAAAAAAAAAAUCUGUCACAGUUGUGACAGGACUGAGUACUUUUGAUAUUGACCUCAAAGUAGCAGCCAAGUUCUUUGGCAGUAAAUUUGCAUGUGGAUCCAGUGUCACUGGAGAGGAUGAGAUUGUGAUACAGGGUGAUGUGAAGGAUGACUUAUUUGAUGUUAUUCCAGAAAAAUGGCCUCAGAUUGAUGAAGAUUCGAUAGAUGAUCUUGGCGAUCAAAAGAGAUAAUGAGCUAAUUAAAAAUCUUCUUACACAAGACUAUUUAGAAUAUACUGAUGGAUGUUUAUUAUAAAGUAAUGUAUAUACAAAAAUAAGAUCAAAAAACAGAA